UCCAGCGGUUCUGGCGCGUCCAUUUGGGAGCCAGCGAGGGCGGAAGUUGUUGCAGGGGAAGGAUGGGGUCCGUUGGCGGGAAAACGACCUUUCCGCCUGAGUUGCCCGUCGCCCGUCAAGCCGUGUUCCUUGGGGAAGGUGUGGGCGAGAAACUCCGGAAAAUGUAGUUCAUCGGCCGAACUUCCGGCUCGCGCCGGAAACUACGUGUCCGUGAUUUUGUUGCGGGGGUAAGAGGGCGAGGACGCAUGCGCGGCAGCAGGGCGGCCAAUGUCCGGUCACAGUGCGGAGGAUUGAGACAACGGAAUGGCUGUAUUUUGUGGAAGUCCUGUGCUGGAGAGUUGUCGCAUGUUCUGCGAUGCAAGGCCCCUGGAUUGUGGCAGAAUCGCCUGGUAAUCGGAUCGUGUGAGCUGUACCAAGAACCAUGGAGAAGGAGGGCAGCAUCCAGCUGGAGGUGCCAGAUUUCAGUAGCUCAGUGCUGGCCCAGCUCAAUCAACUCCGGAUGCAGGGGCGGCUCUGCGACAUUGUGGUCGAUGUCCAAGGGAAGUCGUUCCGUGCCCACAAAGCAGUGUUGGCUGCCAGUUCACCUUACUUCCGAGAUCAUAUGUCACUGGGUGAGAUGAGUGCUGUUUCCAUCUCUGUCAUCAAGAGCCCCGCUGUGUUUGAGCGCCUCCUGGCCUUCUGCUAUACGGGCAAGCUGUGCCUGCAGGUGGCUGAUAUCAUCAGCUACCUGACAGCUGCCAGCUUCCUCCAGAUGCAGUACAUCAUCGACAAGUGCACGCAGAUCCUUGAUGGCAUUCACUUCCGAAUCGAUGUCUCUGAAGUAGAGGCAGGGUUGAACCAGGACGGUGCCAAGCGCCCAGCCCAAACCCGCAGCAUUGCUACCCCCAGUACCCGCCGUGGCAGGGCGACCUCUGGAUUCAGCCAUAGAAGCCCACUGCCGGAUGAGUUGGCGAGCAGUGGGGCUGACGAAAGGCUGGUUAGAAUUGAUCGCGUGGGACAGUGGUACGUGGAGACGGGCGUCAGUGGUGACCACAGCCCAGAGGCUGUCAGACAAAUUGGCGGGAUGCGGAUCAAAACUGAGACGCCAGAUGAGUGGAUCAUGUCAGAGAACCAGCCAUCCGGGGAGGAUGGCAGCAGUGCAGAGGAGGUGACGGCUAUGGUGAUUGACAGUGCUGGGCACAGCACCCUGGUCCAGGAGGCUUUUCCCACCACUGCCUCAGGCGGCAAGAUCUCAAGACCCUCCAGCAGCUUCAGUGAGAUGGACAGGUUUAGCCCAUCUGGCAGUGUUGUUUGCACCGUGCCCGAGCGCCACAGAGCAAGGAGUGAGUCUCCAGGCAAAAAUGAGGAACGGAAACAGCCAAACUCUCAGGCAGAUGAGACUCCCCUUUUUGGUGUCAGUGGCUAUGAAGAGUACCUCCGGGACCAAGAAGUGGCCGAGCGCUGGUACCGCUACAACCCUCGGCUGACGUGUCUGUACUGUGGCAAGUCCUUUAACCAGAAGGGAAGCCUGGACCGCCAUAUGAGGUUGCACAUGGGCAUAACACCCUUUGUGUGCCGAAUCUGCGGGAAAAAGUACACCCGCAAGGACCAGUUGGAAUAUCACAUCCGCAAGCACACCGGGAACAAGCCCUUCCACUGCCACGUCUGCGGCAAGAGCUUUCCCUUCCAGGCCAUUUUAAAUCAGCACUUCAAAAAGAACCACCCGGGCUGCACGCUGCUGGAAGGGCUACAUAGUAUUUCACCAGAGACCACUUCCAAGGGACAGAAUGGAGAAGAAUCACCACCUCGGGAUGAGGCCAAAACUAUUGGUGAACUGAUUCAUACUUCCGUCUCAACUACUGGGCCAGACUGAAUGUGCACUGGGGAGAUAUCUAUUUGUCUGUAGCACCCCAGGGGGCUGCUUUUAAUUUAGUGUGGACUGUUUCAUUUGAGUUUAGAACUGCUUAUGUAAAGGGUUUUUCCCCACAGGAAAAGAACAUUUGUUGUUGCAUUGCUCCAAAUUGCAUGCAACCAUUGCUUCUUUACUCUCUCUCCCCCCCCCCCCCCCCCCCAAUCUUAUGAAGAUAACAGCAGAAAGUGAUUGGACUGUUGCUGCACUGGGUGGGGGUGGAAAACAGGGAAGAGAAGUGUGUCAUUCUCCGGGUCUUUGAAGAUCGGGUAGCUGAUGUUGAACAAGUAGAUCCAACAGAGAGCAUUUUCCUGUUCGAGUCUUCAAGGGUCCCACCAAGCACCUCAGUGUGUCACACCCUGGGCCUGUUUUUUUUCACCUAUCCCGGAACAGCCAAGGAAACUGUUCUGUAAGAUCCAAUGUCACUUACCCAGCUGUUGAAGGAACUUGUUUGUAGCUGUCAACAUUUGGAAGGAACAGAAAUGAAACCAGUGCACCUUCUCCCAGGAAGGUGAGGGUAUUUGAGGGGGUGGGAAAUGAUUGGGUGAAGAAAAGGGACUAGAGUGGACCUGCUUUGGCAGAUUCUUCAAUGAUGGAGUAACUAUGCUGUGAAUGGAAAUUGCUGUGAUUCUGUACAUUUCUGUAAACAAAUGACAAAAAGUGUUUUUAACUAUAGAUAAUAUGUAAAAGAAAUAUGGAUACUCCAAAGGAAUGUGUGGGGCCAGGUUUGACAGUAGAUUUAUAGUCGAGUGGAUUUGUUGUAGUGUUUGAGUUGUAUGUGUGUUUUUUUGACCUGAAAUAUCUCAUUAUAAUGACUGAAAAGCAGUUUUUCUAAUAUACCUCUUUUAGACCGUCCAAUCAAGCAUUUUUGCAUGGGUUUGUGAAGCCUUUUUUAAAUGAUAAAUGGAUUGGGGAAUGUACAGAACACAGAAUAUUCCAUAAUUUAUAGCAUUCUUGGAAUAAACUCAUUAAGUCACUGACUCUUUGAUUUUGGUGCAGAAAUACUUUUGCAAAGUGGACUAGUUCAGGGAAAUCUGCGGGGGUGGGGUGGGGGGUGUGGCACAGACUGGGUUUAGGAUGAUUUCAGUGACUCCCUGACUAGUUAUUUUCCAUUGUGGCACACUGACUGAUAGGAUAACUUCUCUCUUGCUCUCACUCUGCUUCCAAACUUGUUUCCCUCUCAUGUAACACUUACUGACCCACAAAUGCUUUGAAAUGAAUGCAUUAACGCAAAGCUGGUGGUGAGGGACACCUGGAUGAGAAUUGACAGUGUUGGAAACAAACUAUUUCUUAUGAGGAUUUCAGAACAAGGGGCAUAGUAAAAUUAGAGAGGCUGUUUAGGAGUGAUUUCACACUAAAGGUACUAGAAUUCUGGAAUAAAUAGCUGUUGAGUUUGGAACCAAUUGAAAAUUUCAAAACUGAGGUUGUUGAAUUUUUUUUCCUGACGUAAAGUCAUGAACAGUAAGAACCAGGGUGUAUAGAUAGAAUUAAGGUGACAAGUCAGCUGUGAUUUCAUUGAAUAGCAGCAUUGGCUCAAGGGGCUGGCUGAACUGUAUCCUCUUGUUUCAAAGGCUACUGACAAUCAAUAUUUGGUGAGGGAAAUAUCACAACUAAACAAGGCUUGAAAAGUUUCAUAAAUCAGAGCUGUGCCAGUCACAUGAUUGAACCAAUAUCUUAGCUUAUUCUGUAAUGUACCCUAUCCAGUCUGAAAGCCUGUUCAGAGACAAUUGUGUGGAAUUCUUUAAGCAAUCACAAGCAUUCCAUCCGAUUUGAUUGGAAACAAUAUUUUGAUGAUAUAAAACAAUUACAUUCAAUAAUGAUAAAUUACAUUAUAAAGUAUCAGAUGAAUGUUUAUAUGCAGUGUUCUCUGGUUCACUCGCUUCUGGUGUUAGGCAUUUUAACACCUGUCCAUAAUCCAGAAAUUACUUGAUGGCAUUUAUUGUGGACUGCAGAGGUUACAGUGUGUUUAAAUUAUAUUGAGCCCAGCCACGACAAACAGGAAUGAGAUGAUGAAUCGUUCAUUGAGAUGAUUGCGGUAUUAGGCAGCGUCAAGAUAGAAAGAAAUCUUAAAUUGACGGAAGUCCUCAGAACAAAUUGGUUAGAGUUAGUUCACAGGAAAGGGGAUAAUAGCCAGUGCAAUAUUGAGAUCAGUAGAGUUUAUUACACAGGUUAGAGGAAGAUUGGACAUUGUCUUUUAACCAUCAGAGAGAGGGAAGGUGUACAAAGGUGUUCCAUCAAAGCAAUUAGUUGUGCCUAACUAAUUUUUAUGAGCAGGUACUUGCAAUAACAUUUGCCCAUGUGAUUUUCUCCAAAACUAUUAAUGCAGUUUCUACCUCAUCACUAACCCUAGCAGUGAAUUCCACACCCUCAUUUGUUAUUGAGUAAAAGAGAACGUUAUCAUGUCUUUUGUCCAAAUUUCACUUAAUCUUUUGCUCAUGACUCCUUAACCAGUACAAGUUAUAUCCUCCUAAAUUUAAAUAGUCUGUAUUCGUCAUGAUUUUAACAAGAAAAACUCAAUUUUACAAUGAAGAAGAGUCCCAACCCAAAACGUCAGCUUUCUUGCUUCUCUGAUGCUGCCUGGCCUGCUGUGUUAUCUCACACUCCAGCAUCAGCAGUUCUUACCAUCUCUCAAUUUUACAAGUUAGUCUUCAUGUUUCCUCUUACUAGUCAAGUUCCCUAGGAAAUCUACACUGUAUCCUCUCCAAAGCUGUAAUAUCCUUCUUGCUGUGUACAGCUCAAGGUGUGGGCAUUGCUCUGUCUGAAAUCCUGACGCUUUAUCCCUUGGCUCAUUUUUUAAAAAAUAUAUCUCAAGGUAAAAUAGAAAAGAAUUACAUUUUUUGAAACUUUAUCCACUUUCAAUGCUGCACUUAAUGUUUUGUGAUGUGUAAAAGACUACUCUCCACAGCUCCAUGUGUAUUUCCAAUCAGUAUAAUUACUGCUACUAACUGUACCAAAAUGCAUCAGCCCGUACAUGGAGUUAGUUUCAUCUGCCUCUUUAGGUCAUUCUCUCAAUCUGGUGGUUUCCUUUGGUCUUCUAAAGAAUCAAGUAUUUCUCUCCUAGAACAUAGAACAUUACAGGCCGUUCGGCCCUCAAUGUUGAGCCGACCUGUCAUACUGAUCUCAAGCCCAUCUAACCUACACUAUUCCAUGCACGUCCAUAUGCUUAUCCAAUGACGACUUAAAUGUACCUAAAGUUGGCGAAUCUACUACCGCUGCAGGCAAAGCGUUCCAUUCCCUUACUACUCUCUCAGUAAAGAAACUACCUCUGACAUCUGUCCUAUUAUCUUUCACCCCUCAGUUUAAAGCUAUGCCCCCUUGUGCUCGCCGUCACCAUCCUGGGAAAAAGGCUCUCCCUAUCCACCCUAUCUAACCCUCUGAUUAUUUUAUAUGUUUCAAUUAAGUCACCACUCAACCUUCUUCUCUCUAAUGAAAACAGCCUCAAGUCCCUCAGUCUUUCCUCGUAAGACCUUCCAUCCAUACCAGGCAACAUCCUAGUAAAUCUCCUCUGCACCCUUUCCAAAGCUUCCACAUCCUUCUUAUAAUGCGGUGACCAGAACUGUACGCAAUACUGCAAGUGCGGCGGCACCAGAGUUUUGUACAGCUUCACCAUAACCUCUUGGUUCCGGAACUCGAUCCCUCUAUUAAUAAAAGCUAAAACACUGUAUGCCUUCUUAACAGCGCUGUCAACUUGGGUGGCAACUUUCAAGGAUCUGUGUACAUGGACACAGAGAUCUCUCUGCUCAUCUACACUACUAAGAAUCUUACCAUUAGCCCUGUACUUUGCCUUCCGGUUAUUCCUACCAAAGUGCAUCACCUCACACUUGUCUGCAUUAAACUCCAUUUGCCACCUCUCAGCCCAGCUCUGCAGCUUAUCUAUGUCUGUCUGCAACCGACAGCAUCCUUCGUCACCAUCCACAACUCCACCGACCUUAUUGUCGUCUGCAAAUUUAUUAGGCCAUCCUUCUACGCCCUCAUCCAGGUCGUUUAUAAAAAUGACAAACAGCAGUGGACCCAACACCGACCCUUGCGGUACACCACUAGUAACUGGUCUCCAGGAUGAACAUUUCCCAUCAGCUACCACCCUCUGUCUUCUUUCAGCAAGCCAAUUUCUGAUCCAAACUGCUAUAUCUCCCACAAUUCCAUUCCUCCACAUUUUGUACAAUAGCCUAUUGUGGGGAACCUUAUCGAACGCCUUGCUGAAAUCCAUAUACACCACAUCAACCGGUUUACUCUCAUCUACUUGUUUGGUCACCUCAAAGAACUCAAUAAGGUUCGUGAGGCACGACCUUCCCUUCACAAAACUGUGCUGACUAUCCCUAAUCAAUUUAUUAUUUUCUAGAUAAUUAUAAAUCCUAUCCCUUAUAACCUUUUCCAACACUUUACCAACAACUGAGGUAAGGCUCACUGGUCUAUAAUUACCAGGGUUGUCUCUACUCCCCUUCUUGAACAGGGGAACCACAUUUGCUAUCCUCCAGUCAUCUGGCACUAUUCCUGUAGACAAUGACGAGUUAAAGAUCAAUGCCAAAGGCUCGGCAAUCUCCUCCCUGGCUUCCCAGAGGAUCCGAGGAUAAAUCCCAUCCGGCCCAGGGGACUUAUCUAUCUUCACCCUCUGAAGGAUUUCUAAUACCUCUUCCUUGUGAACCUCAAUCCCACCUAGUCUAGUAGCCUGUAUCUCCAUAUUCUCCUCGACAACAUUGUCGUUUUCUAAAGUGAAUACUGUUGAAAAAUAUUCAUUUAGCACUUCCUCUAUCUCAUCUGACUCCACACACAACUUACCACUACUAUCCUUGAUUGGCCCUAAUCUUACUUUCAUCAUUCUUUUAUUCCUUAAAUACCUAUAGAAAGCCUUAGGGUUUACCCUGAUCCUAUCUGCCAACAACUUCUCAUGUCUCCUCCUGGCUAUUCUGAGCUCUCUCUUUAGGUCUUUCCUGGCUACCUCGUAGCCUUCAAGUGCCCUAACUGAGCCUUCACAUCUCAUCCUAACAUAAGCCUUCUUCCUGUUUUGGUUUAACUACAUAUUUCAAUGCUAGCCUCUUUUUAAGGUUGAUGUUGAAAUCAUUGAUGAAUGCAAUGUGCAUGUGUAACCCAGAGCAGAAACCUGUUGGACACUACUGUUCUGCUUUUUAUGAAUGACGUUGCCUCUGCUCUCAUCAGUUUAAUCUAGUUUGCCAUUUCCCCAACUCCCCCAAUUUCAUACCCAUUUGUCUGCUGUCAAGUUCUCAAGCGAUAUCUUUGUGAGAGGUUUUUCUUGAGUGCAUGUAAAAAAAAUCCACUUUGUCAUCUACCAACUUUGUUAGCUCCUCAAAGCACUGAGGUUCGUCUAGCUUGAUUUGCUCCCUUUUUAAAUCUCUUCUGAUUGCUUCAAACUGUUUUAUAUUUAACCAGGUAUGCAGCAGUUUGUUAUUUGAAGACUGCCUGCUGCAGAUGUUAAUUGGCCUGUAAUUCCCAGAUUUUGCACUGACUCAUUCUCUAUACCUCUGGAAAAUGCUCUCACUCAGUGCAGUCCUGAAAUAUAAUUUCAUGGGCCUCUGUGCUGUCCUCUGACAACCUCAGAAUGAAUCUAGUAUUUGUAUUAGGUCUGGAUCUUCAGCUUAAUUUGAUAAAAAUAAUAGCCAGCUAUCCACGUAGUAACUCAGAGUUUGUCUUCUCCUGUAUCUGUCUUUUAGUGACUAAAGAUUAAUGAGUAGCAUACCCCUGGAAUUUUAUCCAUUAUCUGUAAAUUGUCAGUCAAAUGCUGGAUUAUAAUGUGACGUUGGACAUGACGUGGGGAGCAGUUGAGAGAGGGAGUCUGACUAAAGACAGGAGAGGGUGAAGAGUGGUUGGAAAGAGAGAAUGAUUGAGAAUAGGAAGAAGCAUGAAACAUAGACAUGUUGGGCACAGGGGAGCAGGCAGGAUUGGACAGGCUUUAUGUAAAUAUAAGUUUUCAAAUAUAUAUCUGUUCAAAUGGCUUUCCUGUUUUUCUGCUUUGUUCUUCCCUUUAACGUGUCAGAAUUGACCCCCUUCACAUGAUUAAAAAUCAAUUAAUUCUGCUAAAUGAGGUACUGUUAUGAGGCUGAUAAUGAUAGAGAAGUUUGAAACGUAAGUUGCGAAAAUGUGUUCAGGCUGAGUUCUGAUAGUCCAGUAACCUGCUAAUUCUCAAGGACAGCGACUGAAAACUUAUGAGCCACUUGCAAGCCCCAGUGAACAGAGGCUAAACUCUGGGUAAAAUAAACUGAUGCAAGAAAA